AUGUACAAUAUGUUUUCUCAUUCAGUUGGCCAGUCGUUUCUUUUCUUCAGGAAUUCAUUCUCCCCUUUAUUAUACUUAACCAUUAAUAGUUCGGCUCGUUCAUAUGAAUCUGUGCAAAUCUAUCUGCGUCGAGAGAAGCUCGUCAACUACUGUUAUCUCUUCUUGCUUGAGGCCAUCGGAUUCCCUUACAUUUGGCUUAUGACCUCAUCCUCUUUUUGUCUUACCACAUUCUCUUUAUACUCUUUUUGUUUCAUCACAUCCUCUUUAUACGCUUUUUGUCUCACCUCAUCCUCUUUGUCCUCUUUUUGUCUCACCGCAUCCUCUUUUUGUCUUACCACAUCCUCUUUAUACGCUUUUUGUCUCACCUCAUCCUCUUUGUCCUCUUUUUGUCUCAUGCAUCCUUUUUUGUCUUACCACAUUCUCUUUAUACUCUUUUUUUGUUUCAUCACAUCCUCUUUUGUCUCACCUCAUCCUCUUUGUCCUCUUUUUGUCUCACCGCAUCCUCUUUUUGUCUUACCACAUCCUCUUUAUACGCUUUUUGUCUCACCUCAUCCUCUUUGUCCUCUUUUUGUCUCACCGCAUCCUCUUUUUGUCUUACCACAUUCUCUUUAUACGCUUUUUGUCUCACCUCAUCCUCUUUGUCCUUUUUGUCUCUGCAUCCUCUUUUGUCUUACAUUCUCUUUAUACUCUUUUUGUUUCAUCACAUCCUCUUUAUACGCUUUUUGUCUCACCUCAUCCUCUUUUUGUCUCACCGCAUCCUCUUUUUGUCUUACCACAUUCUCUUUAUACUCUUUUUGUCUCACCUCAUCCUCUUUGUCCUCUUUUUGUCUCACCGCAUCCUCUUUUUGUCUUACCACAUUCUCUUUAUACUCUUUUUGUUUCAUCACAUCCUCUUUAUACGCUUUUUGUCUCACCUCAUCGUCUUUUGUAACAUCCUCUUUUGUUUCAUUCUUUAUACUUUUUUUUCACCUCAUCCUCUUUGUCCUCUUUUGUCUCACCGCAUCCUCUUUUGUCUUACCACAUUCUCUUUAUACUUUUUUGUCUCACCUCAUCCUCUUUGUCCUCUUUUGUCUUCAUCCUCCUUACCACAUUCUCUUUAUACUCUUUUUGUUUCAUCAUCCUCUUUAUACCUUCAUCUCCUACUUUUGUCUCACCGCAUCCUCUUUUUGUCUUACCACAUUCUCUUUAUACUCUUUUUGUUUCAUCACAUCCUCUUUAUACGCUUUUUGUCUCACCUCAUCCUCUUUUGUCUUCAUUCUCUUUAUACUCUUUUGUCUCACCUCAUCCUCUUUGUCCUCUUUUUGUCUCGCAUCCUCUUUUUGUCUUACCACAUUCUCUUUAUACUUUUGUUUCAUCCAUCCUCUUUAUAACCUCAUCCUCUUUGUCCUCUUUUGUCUCACCGCAUCCCUCUUUUGUCUUACCACAUUCUUUAUCGCUUUUUGUCUCACCUCAUCCUCUUUGUCCUCUUUUGUCUCUGUUUACCACAACUCUUUUUGUUUCAUCACAAACGCUUUUUGUCUCACCUCAUCCUCUUUGUCCUCUUUUUGUCUCAGUACUUUUUGUUUCAUCACAUCCUCUUUAUACGCUUUUUGUCUCACCUCAUCCUCUUUUUGUCUCACCGCAUCCUCUUUUUGUCUUACCACAUUCUCUUUAUACUCUUUUUGUCUCACCUCAUCCUCUUUGUCCUCUUUUGUCUCAAACUCUUUUUGUUUUAUCCUCUUUUAUUCUUUGAUCAUCCUCUUUUUGUCUUACCACAUUCUCUUUAUACCUUUUUUUGUCUCACCUCAUCCUCUUUGUCCUCUUUUGUCUCAGCAUCCUCUUUUUGACUCUUUUGUCUCACCUCAUCCUCUUUUCUUUUUUCAUCCUUUUUUUGUCUUACCACAUCUUUAUCCUCUUUUUGUUUCAUCAUCCUCUUUAUAUUCAGCAUCCUCUUUUGUCUUACCAAUUCUCUUUAUACUCUUUUUUGUUUUCAUCACAUCCUCUUUAUACUUUUUUGUCUCACCUCAUCCUCAUUUUGUCUACCGCAUCCUCCUUUUUGUCAACAUUCUCUUUAUACUCUUUUUGUCUCACCUCAUCCUCUUUGUCCUCUUUUUGUCUCACCGCAUCCUCUUUUUUGUAUUCUCUUUAUACUUUUUUUUGUUUCAUCACAUCCCUUUAUGCUUUUUUUUCUCCACCUCAUAUUUUUGUCUUACCACAUUCUCUUUUAUGCUUUUUUCCUCAUCCCUCUUUGUCCUCUUUUUUGUCGCACCGCAUUCUUUUUGUCUUACCACAUCCUCUUUAUACUCUUUUUGUCUCACCUCAUCCUCUUUGCCCUCUUUUUUCUUCACCGCAUCCUCUUUUGUCUUAAAAUACUCUUUUGUUUCAUCACAUCCCUUUAUACGCUUUUUGUCUCACCUCAUCCUCUUUGUCCUCUUUUUGUCUGCAUCCUCUUUUGUCUUACCACAUUUCUUUAUACUCUUUUUGUUUCAUCACAUCCUCUUUAUUUACUUUUUUUGUCUCACCUCAUCCUCAUUUUGUCUCACCGCAUCCUCUUUUUGCCUUCACCCUCUUUAUACGCUUUUUGUCUCACCUCAUCCUCUUUUGAUAGCAUCCCUUUUGUCUAAAAUAAUUUUUUUCUCCUCAUCCUCUUUGUCCUCUUUUUGUCUCACUGCAUCCUCUUUUUCUUUUUGUCUCACCUCAUCCUCUUUGUCCUCUUUUGUCUCACCGCAUCCUCUUUUAUCUUACCACAUACUCUUUAUACUCUUUUUGUCUCACCUCAUCCUCUUUGUCCUCUUUUUGUCUCACCGCAUCCUCUUUUUGUCUUACCACAUUCUCUUUAUACUCUUUUUGUUUCAAAUCCUCUUUUGCUUUUUGUCUCACCUCAAGCAUCCUCUUUUGUCUUACCACAUUCUCUUUAUACUCUUUUUUCUCACCUCAUCCUCUUUGUCCUCUUUUGUCUCAGCAUCCUCUUUUGUCUUACCACAUCCUCUUUUACGCUUUUUGUCUCACCUCAUCCUCUGUGUCCUCUUUUUGACAUUAAUACUUUUUUGUCUACCUCAUCCUCUUUGUCCUCUUUUUGUCUCAUGCAUCCUCUUUUUGUCUUACCAUUCUCUUUUAUACUCUUUUGUUUCAUCACAUCCUCUUUUACACUUUUUUGUCUCCACCUAUCCUCUUUGUCCUCUUUUUGUUAAUACAUUCUCACCUCAUCCUCUUUUUGUCUUACCAAAUACUUUUUUGUUUCAUAAACGCUUUUUGUCUCAAUCCUCUUUGUCUCUUUUUGUCUCACCGCAUCCUCUUUUGUUUCAUCACAUCCUCUUUAUACGCUUUUUGUCUCACCUCAUCCUCUUUGUCCUCUUUUUGUCUCACCGCAUCCUCUUUUUGUCUUAUUCUCUUUUCCCCCAUUCCUUUUAUAAACAUCUCUUACUUUUUAAUUUCCAACCAUCUCCUCUUUUAUUUUUCCAAUUAAAAUGUCGAUUGACUAAUUACUAUAAUUCGUUCGUCUUUCCAAACUGGUAUAAAAAUCUAGAUAUUUCAUUCUUUCGUGAUAUCUCUGGUCAGAUUAUAUAG